AUGUGGGCCUUCCCCUACCCGGACUCCAUGUCUCCUACGACCUUGUUGACCACGCUCCUCCUCGCGCUCUCCGUCGCUGCCAACCCCGUGUUGGUCGACCGGUCUCCAGUAACUCUGCCGCUCUCGCGUCGCCUUAACCUCACCAGUGUCCACAACUUGGUUCGCCAUGAUCAAGCUCGUGCUAAGGCCCUCAAGGCCAAGGGCACUGUGAAGCACGACAGCCGUGCGGUCAUCAACGAGCAGGUCGACAACCAAGCCGUCACCUACAUCGCCUCUGUUGGUGUCGGCAGUCCUGCUACCACCUAUGACCUCCUCAUUGACACCGGAAGUUCGAACACAUGGAUCGGCGCUGGCAAGGCGUACGUGAAGACCAGCACCAGCACCCAGACGAGCAACAAAGUGUCUGUUACCUACGGAUCAGGCUCGUUCUCUGGCACUGAAUACACUGAUCAAGUCUCGCUUGCGUCUGGACUUGUCAUUUUAAAGCAAUCGAUCGGCGUCGCUUCCACAGCGUCUGGCUUCUCGGGCGUCGAUGGCAUCCUUGGAAUUGGCCCAGUCGACCUCACUAAAGGCACUCUGUCACCAGCCGCGACCACCUUCAUCCCUACUGUCACCGACAACCUUUUCUCGCAGGGUACCAUCUCCGCCAACGAGAUCGGCAUCUCCUUCGAGCCCACCACGGCCAGCGAGGUGUUGAAUGGCGAGCUUACCUGGGGUGGAACCGAUAGCUCGAAGUUCACUGGAUCCAUCACUUGGGUGCCGAUCACGUCCACGUCGCCCGCCAGCCUCUACUGGGGUAUUAACCAGUCUGUUCGCUACGGAUCUUCUACCACGAUCCUUUCCACCACCGCUGGAAUCGUCGACACCGGAACAACCCUUGUCCUCCUUGCUACUGACGGCUACAACAAGUACAAGUCCGCGACUGGCGCCGUGCUUGAUAGCGCCACGGGUUUGCUCCGCAUUACUUCCACGCAGUUUUCCAACCUGCAGAGCCUGUUCUUCACCGCGGGCGGUACUACAUUCGAGUUGACUGCAAAUGCUCAACUCUGGCCCCGCUCGCUUAAUUCAGACAUUGGUGGAACCUCCGGCCGCAUCUACCUUAUCGUCAACGACCUCGGCUCCAACUCCGGUCAGGGUCUUGAUUUCACCAACGGCUACGCCUUCCUUGAGCGCUUCUACUCCGUCUUCGACACUGCCAACAACCGCGUCGGCCUUGCCACGACCUCCUUCACCACUGCCACCACGAACUAG